ACUACCGUUACCACUUCAAUAAGAGACCCCAUUUGGUAAAGCCCUCGAUAAUGGCGAAGGUGGCGGCGCGACGUGCAGGUUCCACAAGCCACGUCUGGGGCUACGUGAUUGUGCUGACGGCGGCGCUGGCCUUCAUCUCAUCCAUGUACGUCAUGGUCUUCUCCAAGCUGCUACUGCUGCUCCCAGAGGCUGCUUCUACUCCAACUAAAGAGGUUGACGACACCACACUCCCCAAUUCAGGGCAAGAAGCACAAAGCUCCAGUCUGUUGUUGGCUCUGGAGAGAGACGUGUACUACCGCUACCUGGUGCCUCUCACGAUCCCUGUGACCAUUUUGGCCUGCUACGCCAACUGGGUCAGUCUCAAGUUCUUCCGCCACAACUAACAGUCUACAGUCAAUAGCUUACGUUUCUAACCAAUUGAGUCAGUUAGAAAUGGCCACAAGUCCUGAAUGACUUGUUCUCAGUCUCGUCUUUCGAUUAGGCUUUGGACGCUGCUACCUUCUGCUGAUUCUCGCGCACUUUGCGUGCUAGCAGCUUUAGAAACGCCGCUUGCUUUGGGUUCGCACGCACACUCUCCAGUGUCCAGCCGCCCUUGUUGCUCGUAGUCGACAGCAGCUUCGUCUGCUUUACAGCAGCCUGUGAGAGCUUGACGUAUCGGUUAAAGGCGCCACUGUGUUCAGGGAAUUUGGCCACGCACGCGCCGAUCUCGCUAGGAAACAGAUUAAAACCCACCACCACGCGCUUCAUUGGGAGAUAUGAAUCCGCAUCUACCGGAGAUGACGGAAGCGUGCGUACUCGGCCACUAAAGUGAGGGAAUUCACCGUCACACAGGAUUCCGCGACGAUAUUUGUACGCUACGUGCUUCCAUCCCGACUCGCGUUUACUCAACGUCUCCAGCUCGUCUGUAGAUAGCCGAUGUGGCUGCUUGCGCGUCUUAUAGCCGUACUUAUCAUAGUGUGGUAAUCCCGUCAGAUUCACGUGGAAUCCCCC